CCAAGGCUCCGGCUCCCGCGCUUCGCCAUCUUCGCCCGCGAGAAAAGGAACGCGAGCGCGGGAACCGCGUUCGAGAGCGGGUGGCGGCUAGUUAACAGCCGUUUUCUCCCCUCGAGCGGUUAGUCAGCGAUGGGACCCUGCGAUGGGACGAGCCUGCGGGCCCUGCUGGAGACCCUGGAGGACCCGGCCGCUUCGCUGGGGGCGCUGACUGACGCCUUGCUGACCCUGACGAAUCGUCUGACUGAAAAUGAAGAGGAUGAAGACGAAGGAAGGGAAUUAGCAAUUGAGAUUGAAAACUGUUUCCCACAACUUUACAAAAUAUUUAUGACAUAUAUUCCUUCUGAAAAUGCGGAGUUGAGCAGUGCAGCUUUACAAGCUUUGGGAUAUUGUGUAUUUAAUCCAAAGAUUUCUUCCUUGUUAUGUGAAAUAGAAAUACACGAACUACUUUCUACAUUAAACAAUGUUGCUUUAAAUUCAGGAGACAAACACACUCGCACAAGAGCACUUUGGGUGAUCUCAAAGCAGUCCUUUCCUCCUGAUACUGUUGCAAAGUUGGUACCCAGUAUUAUUGCUAUGCUAGAAACAGUACUAGAAGGAGAUUUACAUUCCAUGGUAGUUGAAUAUGAAGCGCUAAAUGUUAUCAUCCGGCUGAUAGAACAGGCUCCAUCCGACAUGGAGCAACAGGCUGUGAAGUGGGCUAAGAUAAUAAUUCCUUUGGUGGUUCACUCAGCUCAUAAAGUACAAUUAAGAGCUGCUAGUGCUUUGGAAAUGGGUCUACCACUUCUUCAGCAGCACCAAGAGGUGAUAACAGUCACUGAACAAAUCAUGACCACUAAAGUAAUUCCAGAACUCCAAAAGCUGUUUUUUUCAAAACAUGAAACAUAUAUUCUGAAACUGUGGCCCCUGUUUAUAAAGUUGCUUGGAAAAACACUGCACCACAGUGGAAGCUUUAUCAAUUCCCUGCUCCAUUUAGAAGAACUUGGAUUUCGUAGUGGCUCCCCGGUGGUGAAGAAAAUAGCUUUCAUUGCGUGGAAAAGUCUGAUUGAUAACUUUGCUUUAAAUCCAGAUAUAUUAUGCAGUGCAAAAAGGCUGAGAUUGCUAAUGCAACCACUGAGCUCUAUUCAUGUAAGAACUGAAACUUUGGCAGUGACCAAGCUUGAAGUUUGGUGGUAUUUAUUAAUUAGGCUUGGAUCUCAGCUUCCAGUCCACUUUGAACAGGUUGGUGUACCAUUAAUUCAGAACACCUUAUGCCUGGAUGCCUCUCAGCUACAAGGAAAUUCAUCACGGUUCAUUUCUAAUCAGAGUUUAGCUAUACCAGGUUGUUCACAAAAAUCAGGGGUUUUCCCUUUUGGAAAUGUUGCCAGUCCAAGGAUGACUCAGAAUGCUAGCAUCGGAGGAGCUGUUGUCAUUCCAUCUAUUCAGAUUCUAGGAAUUGAAAUGCUACUUCACUUCUUUAAGGGACAGGAAAUAUUGACUUUUGCCGAGGAAAAUAAUAUUGUACUUAGUUUAGAACCUCUCCAGUACCCAGUAAUUACCAGUCUUUCCUUCUUCUGCAAACAUGCCAGUGUUUUCAUAAAUGCAGCUCAGGAUGGCUUCAUUGCAGUCGGACAAGAAAUUUCUGAUUGUAUGCUCACUGCUAUAUGGAAAGAACUAGUUGGUUUUGUGAAAGCUGCAAUUGAAUCAGGCAACAAAAGAGAGCGGUCGAAUUCAGAAGUAUUAACCAUGUUGCUGCAGACUUUAAAAAACAUUAUUAUGUCAAAACAAUUGCCAGUAUUAAACUCAUUGUCUUUGUUAGAAGUGGCUAUUAAAGAACUGCCUCCAAAAGUAUUGGGAUCACCAGCCUAUCUGAUUGCUGACAUGGAUCUUCUGAAUGGAACUCCAGCACUAUUCUUACUUCAGCUCUUAUUCUUCGAAGAUCUUCUGGAAUAUGGAGUGCAGAGUCAAAGAUUCUUUUUGAACUACGAAUCUCUUGUGGAAUGUGCUUUGUCUGGCCCUACGUCUCCUCUGUCUUUUACUGAGUCUGUACUCACAAUUAUGAGUCAGAGUGCCAUGUACUUGGAAAAUAAGAAUUAUCUGUGGCGAAUGUGGAGUAUUAUAGUUAACCCAUUAAUUGAAUGGAUUAAACAGACUAAUGAUGUAAAUCAAGGUGAUGCUUUGGAGCAUAAUUUCAAUGCAAUUUACAGUGCACUGUUGCUACCAGUAAACUGUAUAUUUUCAUCUGAAUUUCCACAGUCUACAGCAAAAAUACUAUUGCGUUCUUGGUCAGAACUGUAUAAAGCAUUUGCCCGCUGUGCAUUACUAGUACCAACAGCAGAAGAUAAUGUAUGUUGUGAUGACCUGUGUGCCAAAAUAAUAUCUGGAUUAGACGAUGAAGCACAUCUUAAUCAAUCUAUGUUGGAUGCGCUCUCUUGCAUUACAGCAGUCAUGGUUGAAUGCAUCAAUUUUGCACCUUAUGAUAAGAAAUAUCAGCCAGCAAAUAGAUCUCCACAGACACCAAUGGACUGGGCCAAAAAGAAGAAAGAUCCCCUUGGCAAGCUGUCCUCUUUAAUUAAACUUCUGAUAAUAUUGACAAACUCUCUUCAGAGGCUUGCAUCUGAGCAGUCUGGUUUUGAAGAAUUAGCUCCUGUGGGUUUUGAGAUUGUCGGCGUUCUUCAAAAUAUCAUUGGCCACAUCUCUUUGCCUUCUGUCAUCAGAGCUGUCUUUGGAUUUAUUGCAAAACCCUUAGCGGCAUUAUAUGAAAAAAUAACGUCUGCUAAUCCAUCUAGAAUGAGUUAUGGACUCGAUAGCAAGUGUGAAAAGUUACUGGCAGACAGCCUUACUUGUGUGCAGUCAAACUAUACUGGAUCCUUUAACAGUGAGCUCCUGGAAGAGCUUUGUCCAUUAUUGACCAUAAUGUUUUUAAAUAAGAAUAAACAGAUAAGCAGCCAUGCUGCUCAGUUUUGGAACGCAACAUUUGGAAAAGCGGUAACCCUGACAUACCCUGAAGAAUUAAAGUCUGUUUUAUAUAAAGCAAAACAAAAAUUCAUACUCUUACUGCCUGUUUUUGAGAGCUGUGAGAUAAUGGAGGGAAGUAGUACUGCAUAUUCUGAUUAUACAGAGAAUUCCCAGUGGGAUGCAAACAUCAGUGGGAUGACUGUAAAUCCUAAUGGAAAAAGGGACUCAUUCCUCUCCCAAAUCAAUGAGCCAGAGAAAGAAAAUAUUAAUGUUCACAUUGCACCUAAAAAAAUAAAGCUAGAAUUCUCAGGGUCAAAAUCAAAACCAAAAAACAUUCCUUUGGAAGAAGAAAAUACUAUGGACUUCGUGUUCAUUCCUCUAGAAGCAAAAGAAAGAGUCUUAACAGAGCACCAAAAAGAAGUUCUGAGAACUAAAAGGGAUGAUAUUCCUGUCAUGUAUAAUAAUUUGGAUACAUCUCAAGAUGCUGUUCUGUUUUCCCAGGACAUCCAGAACCAGGAGGAUUCUUUGGAAAAACCAAUCGUAGUUGACACAAAGGAAGAACAUGAAGAGAAAGAGGACAAAUUAACAGCCCAGAAAAAACAGGCAAGAAGUCAUCAGCUUUUUAUUCCACAUGCGGUAACUGGACAUUACAAAUCAAAUGUAUCUCAGGACAAUAGUACUUCUACUGUUACCAAGCAAGCUAAUACCCUUAAGAAAGAGAAGCUGGAUCAGAAAAAUGAGGAGUUGGAUGUCGGUAUUCCACUACAAUCUCCAACAUCAGAUUCUAUUUUGAAUGAAAACCCCCCUAAUGGCAGCAGCAACUCCUCAACUUCUAGUGAUAUAAUUUCAGCCACACCACAGGUAGCGGUGAAUAGAAGGCAGGCUUUUGUAACUCUGGAAAAGUUUGAUGACUUUGACAACGGGCCUUUUGGUCCUUCAGUUUUUAAUAACAUUUCUAUAACAUUAACAAGUCCAUUUAUCCAGAAGGAAAGCACUGUUCUUUCAGAUGUCUCUCCGAAAGGAAAGCCAGACCUGGAGAAUAAAAGUGGCUUAAAACUCAGAGCGAGAAAAACCGUCUCUGGCACAAAGAGAUCACGCUCAGAAAUCUUAAAUGCUCUAGAGAUGUGUGUCAAAGCAAAAAGAAGUAAAGAGGAAAACACCACUGAGCCAGAAUUGGAGUCUAUCAACACAAUUGAGAUAAAGAAGCCAAGCCUUGGACAAAAUAAAACUUCCGAAGACAAAUCUUCAGAGCAAAUGCAGUCGGGUCAAGAGGAAAAAAUUCAGAUUUGUGACACGCAUUGCGAGGAAAAGCAUGAAUUAUCUGUGGACAGGCAAGCAGUAGAAUAUUUGCUAGAUAAUCAGGCUCAGGUCCCUGGCGUCAGGGUGGCUGACGGCACAAUAAUGAAGAGUAAACCCCUCCAGGACAUGAUUCAAAAAGAAAGUGCAGGGCCAAAUUUAGAGCACAGAGAGAAUAUUUCUCCAGAGAUCGAUGUUCAUGAAGAGGCAGUGUCCGAAGUUAACCAAAGUCUCAAUAUUUCACUUAACCAGAAAACAUUAAGACGUUCUUUAAGACGAAAAGCAGAAACAGAUGGAGCUGUAGAUACUCAAGACAAAAAGGACAAUCAACAAAAGGAGAAGCAAAAAGAUGAUGAAAAAACUCUGCCAAAGAAGAUGGCACAAAACGAAAAAGCUGAAAAACUUGAAAAAGCCUCUGAUGCACCAGUAAGUGUGGAGAAGCAAAAAGACAAUGAAAAAAUUCUGCCAAGGAAGAUGGCACAAAAUAGGGAGACUCCUGGGCAAAAAGAAAAGGCUAAAACACUUGAAAAAGCCUCUGAUGCGUCAGGAAGUGUGGGUGUAAACAGCGCUACAGGAAACAUAGACGCUAGAGAGAACAGCCAGGAGGAGUUGCACACGAGUCUUGGGAAAUCUGAACGUAGUCCUGCCUCUGACUUUGAAGAAUCAGGCCAAGAUGCGCCUGUGGAGAAACUAAAAUUAUGUCCACGUUAUCAUACAAGAAGAGCAGCUUCACAAGGAUUACUUACCAAUUUGGAAAAGUGUGAAUCUGAUAGCAGUGAAACAAGAGAGGAAGGAGCGAAGAGGAAAUGGUUUGGGAAAUUGAGAAAAUAUGAUUCCUCUGGGAAUCAAGUAAAGGAAGAGCCAGAGAGCCAAGAGUUUUGUUCCCAAGCUGCAGUAGAAAUCCAAACCCAGUCAGUAGGAAAACAGAAAAUACCUCCUGGCAGAGAGACAGAAAUGCCUUCAAUGUCUACUAAUGCAAAGGAAAUCGGUACAAAGGAAGAAAAAGGUACUCUCCCAUUAAGUCCCUGUGUGGACCUUAAGGAAAAUGCAGGCGCUUCACAUCCUAGAGCCUCUUCAGAUACAGGGAGAAGAAAGCCUGCUAACAGGAGAGAAUCCACUUCGGAGCCUAUUUUGGAAAACAGGCAGGAACCUAGUACUCUUGACACACGUUCUGUGGUACCUAACAACCCAAGUGGCGUUUCAGAAGGCGAUGCUUCUGCUACCGCUGUCAGUGCCUUUACUUCACCCAAGACAUUUUUAGAUAUUUCUGAAUGCCAGCACAAAAGAAGCAAGCGGGCAAGGAAAUCCAGGAGCUGCGAAUGCUGUGAUGAAAAACUGUCUCCCCAAGUGGAAAAGCCGAAAAAGGCAAGCACUCCAGAACCAAAGUUAAAAGAACCAAGGAAGGUCCUUAGCAAAGUAACCAUGGCGCUGACCUUGAUUCCUAAUGCUGAAGAGAUUCCUUUGGCAGAGAGGCUGAGCGCAGAGCCUUGUGCCACAAGCACUCCGCUGCCUUUCGUUGAGGACGGUGCUGAUGUGAAAGAGGCCAGCACUGUUGCUGAAUCUGUCAGUGGCCGACCAAGAGACAAUGCGCCCAAUGCUGAACUGGAGAAAUUAGCACGGGUCCAAAGUGAAUGUGACCAGCCAAUUGCAGAAAUUAUACAUCUUCCUUCCUCUGAAACAAUUUCAGAAUCCAGUUCAGUGGAUUCUCAUUCAGAAGAGCUCAGUGCUCAGGAUCAUUCUUCAGAACCAGGUUCAGUGGAUUCUUAUUCAGAAGACGUCAGUGCUCAGGAUCGGUCUUCAGAACCAGGUUCAGUGGAUUCUUAUUCAGAAGAGCUCAAUGCUCAGGAUCAGUCUUCAGAACCAGGUUCAGUGGAUUCUUUUCCAGAAGAGCUCAAUGCUCAGGAUCAGUCUCCAGAACCAGGUUCAGUGGAUUCUCAUUCAGAAGACCUCAGUGCUCAGGAUCGGUCUUCAGAACCAGGUUCAGUGGAUUCUUAUUCAGAAGACCUCAGUGCUCAGGAUCGGUCCUCAGAACCAGGUUCAGUGGAUUCUCAUUCAGAAGCCAUCAGUCCUCAGAAUCAGGCUUUAGAACCAGUUUCAAUGGAUUUUCAUUUAGAAGACGUCAAUGCUCAGGAUCAGGGUUUAGAACCAGAUGUAGAAGGAGACGUUAUAAUGGAAAGCAAUAAUGACCAGAAUGGUCAGUUGGAAAGCAAAACAGAUAUAGAGUUCAAAAUUAUCCAAAUUGUGGGAACGCAGCCUCGUGAAAGAGCCGCUCAGAAUACUGUAGGAGAAACUAGGGUAACAUCUGCAAUCGAGGUAGCAGAGCUGCAGGAAAAUGAGACGAAUGAAGAAGAAGGCGCAGAAGAUAAUGCAGCAUACGCACCAAGUGAACUUCCAACCUUAGUCUUGGAUUCUCCACCAAAAUUGAAAGAGAUUGAUAUUCUCUCUUUAGCCAAGGUCAGUGGAAGUCCUGGGACACAGACUCGCUUUUUGUGGUCCCCAACAGCUUCUCCUUCGACUAGCAUUCUAAAAAGAGUAAUAAAAACGGAACACGAUUCAUCACCACCUCCAAACAAGAACCGAAGAGUCUCCUUUGCCAAUCCAAUCUACAAAGAAGAAUUGGCAGAUGACAUUGACCGACGAAGUCCUGUACUUAGAAUUCAUCCUUACAAUAAUGACUCUCAAUCUUUGCGAAAUGUUAAAUCUUCACCUAGUCACCAAGCCAAGCUCAUAACCACUCCAACCAAAGGAUCUCUGUCGCCUGGAACCCGUAGCCAUAAAUAUAAGAGCUCAAAGAAGUGUUUAAUGACAGAAAUGGUCACGGAGCCAACAACGGCACCUAAAGAAAGUGUAUAUCCUGCCCUGGUGGGCUGUAAAGCAUCGGUCGACAUACUUCUGCCUCAAAUUACUCCAAACUCUUGGACAAGAGGAUUAGGACAUCUGAUUCGAGCAAAGAAUAUCAGGACAGUGGGCGACUUGAGUUCUCUCACCAGAGCUCAGAUCAAAACUCUUCCUAUUCGCUCUCCGAGAGUUUUAAAUGUUAGAAAGGUUCUUAAAGGCUAUCAUGACCAACAGGUAAAAGCUCGUGGAAUGGAGCAAAUGGAUGAGACAUUAAUAUCUGCAAAUGAAAAUGCAGUUAUGGCAGAUGGAUGUGAAACGGAGGUCUCCAGCACGGAAGAGUCAACCACAGUAGACAUUUGGACCCUCAUUAAUCUUCUGCUUGACCAAACCUCUCCCGAAAGACUUCUGCACUAUUCAGGAAAUGAAGUGAUUGAAAUGCAACAGAAGAUUUCCAGCAUAUCAGACUGCAUGAUUAAUAGCGUUAAAUCUCGUUAUGAAUUAUUAUAGUCAUAUAACACCAAUUUUUAAACAGUUAUUUAAGUUUUUGAAAAAUACUUUUGAUUGGGCAGUUUUAUUUUUAAAAUCCAUAUUUUAAAUUUGAGAUUAAUAUUUAGUUUCACAAGUUUUAAAUUUAAGAUUAAUAGUUUCCUAUAACUUGAAGCAAAUACAGCAUUGGCGUUUAAAUAUUAAAUAUUACAUUCUAAAUUCUAUGGACUUGCAUUUUAAGUUUUUAAUUUUUAAUUGCUGCUAUGCACAACUUCCAAAAUGUGUAAAGAUGUGCAGUAAUGACUGGGAAACAUGCACAAAUAUGGAGCGGUAUAUUUUUUAAAUGUUAAGUGUUUUAAAUGAAAGGGUUUGGGGACAUUAUCAGUGUUUGAAGCCCUGGUUUUGUUGUUCUGACUAAUGUUUGAAGUGUUAAUUCAUUUACCAAAAUCUUCAAAAUCAAUCUUCCAACUGAUAGUAGUUUGGAAGGUACUAGUUUUAUAGCUCAUUACCAUAUUAAGAAGUAUGGUGCUUCAUUAGCAUACUAAAAUAUCUCAAAGUUUUUCAUAGGACAUAGUCUAUUUUUUCAUAAAUGUAGUAUGCAGAAGAAAAAAGUGUCAGUGCAUAAUUCCAAUAAAUAAUUCUCAGGAUCUGACCACAUGCUUUUUGAAUUUUUAUAUACCACAAAGGAUUUAUUUGCCCCAUUCAUGAAUCCUAUAUAAACUGGACAUAAGAAUAAUUUUGUAUAUUAUGUAUAGCUGUACUAAAUGCAAACGCUCUAAAUUAUAUCUGUAUGAAAGGCAAGCUCUAACGUGCUUGAAUGGGAGAAACUUUGUAUAGAGCAUAUUUGUGCUUUUUAAUGUUGACACCACAGUGGGAUAAAUUUAUGUUUUAGGAAAUAAAUAUAUAUAAAUAAAAUAUAUAAUUGAUUGAAUAAAAUGGUUGUUAUUUUGGA